AUGUCGCGGCCGUCGCGCGCGCUCCCGGCCCAGCCGGCCCCGGCGGCGGCGGCGCGGGCGCUGCGGCGCGCGGCGCGGUUCGUGCGGCGCGCGCUGCCGCUGUGCCGCGCGCACACCGUGGAGUUCUUCACGCGCGGGCUCUGGCAGCGCCUCGUGGCGCCGCGCCCCGACGCCGUGCUCGAGGCGCUGCGCGCGGCCGGGCCGCUGGCGCACCCCCUGGCGGCGGGAUCGGGCGCCGCGGCGGCGCCGGGCGAUGAUGACAUCUUUUCCAGUGCAUUUUGUGAAAACUCUGAGAAGCUUGUCAAUGUACAUUUGUUUGCCCUGGCUGCUAAGUAUUAUUCUCUGUCCAACCUUGGAGUGUGUACCCCAUUAGAAGAUGUGCUUGAAGCACUGAAAGGAGACAGUGAAGGAGCAAUAGGUAUCAAACCAGAUGAGUUUAUGAAUAAUAAGAAAUCACAUGAAGUGCAGGUGAUGUCGGAGCUGGUAGACGGCAUAGCAAAUUAUUGUGGGAUAAAGCAGGUGAUUGAUAUAGGUUCUGGGAAGGGCUACCUGAGUUCCUUUUUGUCCAUGCAAUAUAACUUAAAGGUUUAUGGCAUUGACUGCUCAAGCUCCAACACAAAUGGUGCUCAUGAAAGAAAUAGAAAAUUGAAGAAACAUUGGAGAGCAUAUCAGAGUCGAGGAAAAGAAAGCCUCAAAAGCCAGAGUUUGGAAAUGGCAAAUGACAGGCCAGUGGAAAAUGAAAUUAAUUGUAGAACAAUCAGUGAAGAGCUCUUACAUAAUGCCAACAGUCUUCAAAAUCAGGACCAAGUGAUUAUCCAAGAUUUAGUUCCUUCUUGUGGUUUCACAGAAAUGGCUACACUAGAAACCAACACAGAAACUGAAGCUGAUUUAGUGACUGAAACACAGUCUCAUGAGACCAAACUUUCUGAAGAGGUUCUUGCUAUUCUAAAUGUUCUUCCUGUUGAUGCUGUAGAAGAUUUUUCUUCAUCUCAUUGUAACUGUGGGGAGCUCUGUGAAGAGGAAAAAGUACAAAGAAAAAUGACAUCUCUCAAGACUAAAGCAAGAAAGUCAAGUGAAUCGAACCUGUACUUUCCACUGACCUCUUGCAUCACUGCAGAAACAGAGCUCAAUGACAUCAUAACAGAUCUGGAGGACUGUAUGAUGGUGGGUCUACAUACAUGUGGAGAUCUUGCUGCAAAUACACUACGAAUUUUUACUGCCAAGCCUGAAAUCAAAGCUGUUUGCAGUGUGGGCUGCUGCUACCAUCUGUUGUCGGAACAGUUUGAAAACCAAGAAGAAUGCCACGACCAAGUCUGGGGAUUUCCUAUGUGUCAGUACUUGAAGAACAAAGGCUGGUGCUGUGGUCGCAAUGCUAGGAUGUCAGCAUGCUUGGCUUUGGAGAGAGUUGCAGUUGGCCAAAUGCUGCCUACAGAAUCAUUGUUUUAUCGAGCUGUUCUUCAGGUUAUUGUAGAAGAAAUUUAUGGAGUCACCAAAAGUGAUCGACAUGUUGGAAAAACCUUCUCCAAAUCAUCCUCCUUCGUAGAUUAUGUCAGACGGUCUCUGAAAAAGUUGGAACUGGAUGAUUCAAAGCUAUAUUGAAAUCUGCAGCAGCACAAAACCAGUGCUAUUUUGAUACUACUGAGAGGAAAGUUGUUACUGCUCCCUUAACAGUGGUUCUGACCCUGCAGUUUUCAUGGUGGAGUCAGCACUGUAUCUACACAAUAUUGGAGAAUAUGUUAAAUGCCUCUCUUCAGAAAAAAAAAUACUUACAUAGCUAGAAAUGUGAUGAAGUCUAAACAUUUGUUCUGAAAGACAACAAAAUCAAAGAUAAAUUUAUGUGGACUUUUUUUAGCUCUAUUUAGAAAUGAACAAAAGAGCAGCUGUACUGCAUAGACCAAAUGUCUACUUUGUCUCUGGCAGUGGACAAAAACUGAUGCAUUGGGAAGAAUAUAAGGUGAGAUUCCAGAGUAAUCCAAAAUGUUCUUGUCAUUCACAAAAAAAAAAAAAGGGAGGCAAUCAUUUUGUUAAUGCAUAAAUAUGUUUAAAUUAUAUUUAGAAAGCAGCUAAAACUUAGUGACAUUGUGGAAUACAACCAGAGAACUAUGAGAAAAAAUUGUUUCCAUAUGGGUCUCUGUUUCACAUGUGCAAAGAUAUUUUCUAAAAUACAGAAGUCAAGAAACUGUGAGUCUCCAGUCUUUUAGUAAGCUUAUCAGAAGAUUAAAAAGAAUUUCAUCUCUGUAUGAUAAUAAAAGUACUGGAAAGGAAAAUAGAGGAAAAUAGAGGCACUGUUUCUAGGAAUCCCUGCCAGGGUUUGGUAGCUUGUCAUGUAUGGUAAAAUCUUGCAUGGUUUUUAUCACUGUAGCUGAACCUGUACUGUGAGAUGUAAACACUCUUCCAAACGUAAUGGUUCAUGAUAAGCCUCGCAGCUGCUUCCUUUAUACACACCAAUACUUCUGUUUCUGAUCAAAAGGUAGCCCUGGGGCAAUCCAGUCAUUUUCAAGUCAGGACAAUUGUGGAGGCAGGAUAAAGGGUGCAAGUAUAUAAAGCACCUAACUUGCCUUGAUACUCAUUUUUGUAAAUGUGUGCCUUUUGCUAAAUAUUACACUGAUGAAGACUCAUCAUGGAUACAUACUAAAACAGUAUUUUGUUCCUGAUUAUUUUCUUUGUCAUAGUUCACUCUGUUCCUAUAGACUCUGCAUUGUACAGACAGAGCAUUCAGGGUCACAUAGAUUUUGGAGAAAUUCUUUCUGUUACACAAGAUUUCUUUUUCCUUUUGUUCAUCAUUUUACCUAAUUAAGGUGAAUGAGGAUCUCUCUUUUGGGAGAAUGGAGCAUUCAUCCCUGUCCUUUCUCCUAGGGUAGCUGGCCCCUCUGAUACUUGUUGCUUUUUUGCUUUCAAGCAGCGAGUGCAAUUCCUUCUCUUCAGCUCAGAACAUGUUUCAGCUGUUUGUAGCUGCUUUGCAAAUGCAUUUAAGAGGAAGCCUCUUUAUUAACAGAUCUGAUUGCUGCUUAAGGCAAUAAGUGCUACAAAUAGCACUUAUAUAAAGACUUAUUGCCAAGGCAAAAAGUCUUCAUAUAAGUAUAUAUGUAUUUUCUAGAGUUUUUCAGAAAGAAAAUUAAAAACUCUAGGUUUCCUGGUGUCGUGUUCUUACUGGGGUAGAUUAGCAAAAGAUCUUUUAUACGGGCUAGCUUAAGGCAAUUAAAUGGAGAAUGUGUUUACAAAGAUAAGGCCUGGGUAUGUGUCUGACAGCCUUUGGCAUCUGUUGACCUGGUACUUCUGCAAACUCUGGACUAUUUAAUUUUGAGUGUUAAAACUGGUAGACAAUACUGAAAUCAGAAUUUGUGCAAAAAUACUUUUUUUUUUUUUUUUUGCUAAUUGCUUAUUUUUUUUAUUAGACAAGUUUGGGUUUUUUUAAUAUUUGAUAAGUGGGUUACUCUUAGCUUACUGUAGACUGUCCUUGACUUGUAAAUUUUCCUCAUCAGUGACUAGUGGAAUAUCAUAAAAUGCAGUUUGCAAAUAAAGGGAGAUAACAUGAAGCUUACUGUGUGGCUUAAUUUUCUCUUGCUUUAAAAAGAGUUGGAAAAACACUCACUUAAGACUGGGAAACCGUCAGUAGUGGAAUUGUGCAAUACAUUAACACAUGAACUAACCUAAAUAUAUGCAGCUAUACUGGGAACUAACAAGAAUUUUUGCAAGAAAUGGGGAAGAGAGGGACUUUUAGCCUGAGAUUUCUUAUGAUUUUAAUGUCUACCCCACAGCCAGUGUCUGUGGAUAUCUUGAAAUGUCAGUGAAUGAAGGAGUCAAAGCCAAAACAAUGCUCUCUCCACUUUCCCCUGAAUCCUGAAACAGCAAUUAACUGAGACAGUCAAAGCAGUCAAAAAAUGAAGGUACUACAUGGAUUUACACACUUAAUGCAUUUUACAAUUGUUGAAGAGUUGACUUUGCUGUUUUCUUGGACAGAAGGAAUUUCAUCUCACAGACUUCCUGUUUCCUUUGUUAGUUAGGGAAGUACUAAAUGACAGCUCAGGUAAUACAUGCAUAGCACUCUAUAAAGUGUAAGCACAUAAUGCUGUUUUUAAGCAUAGCUGUUUUUCACAUAGACAAAAUACUAUCCCAGUUAUGGUACUGUAGCAUUUUACUCUGACAAGGAGUCCUAAGAGAUGUGACUUGUAUCUCAAUUAGGUAUAAUUAUAAAUAAUAUAGAUUCCAUUAAUUUGAAAUACAUUUUAAACAAAGUUCUAAAUAAAUCUCUCAGUAAUUUCAUUAUCUGUUUUACAUUAUUUUACAGUAUAUAAGAUUACAUUAUUUUUAACUACAUUAGUCUUGGAAAAGUUUUAAAAUUUUCUGUUAGCUAUGUUCUCCUAAAUGUUUUGAACUGAUCUAAGACACUGCUCUGCUAGAAGGAUUGCCUUGCAGUUUUCUUGUACUCUCAUUAGCGUUCCUGAUAGUGCUGGUACAAGUAAAGAGAGGAAACAUGGAAUUGUGCAGUCAGUGCAGGAAGAAGCAGUCCCUUUGAGGUAGCAAAGAGGAAUUGCAUCUAACAGACUGUGGAACAGCAUCCUUAGGCUGUCUCUUCUCUGGUGGACAUGUGCAGCGUUGGACGGUAAAAGAGACUUUCAUUCAGUGAAAGUACUCUUAGCCUAGGAAAGGAUACAGCGCUGAAAAAAUCCUCUCUAAAGAAACGUGAAGUGUAGUAUCAGUAAUUGCCCCACACCUUGUGCCUGAAUAUUUUCUUUUCAGCCUGUGCUCUGUCAGCAUGCCUGUGGGACUGCAGCCCAAGGUGAGUGUGCUCAGGUGUGUGGUAUCUCACGUGCUCUCAGAGCUCUGUGACAGUCUCACUGUGUUCACAACAGAUCAGUCAGCCCUAUAGCUCAUGUUUAGUGCCAUCUCCACCAUAUGGUAUUUAUGGUAUAUAUGUUAUACCUAUAUGGUAUUGUUACAACUAGGUCACUGGAGACCUUGCCAAGUCCUCUUGCUUGUUCCUGCGGUUUGUGACCACAUCAGUCCACAAAGAAAUCAGUUCAAAAUACAGCUUGCAUCACCAUCACAGUGCAAAGAGAGACAAGGUCCUUUUGUAGACAAUCUGAUAAAGACCAGAAGACAUUGUAGCUGUAUCAAGGAAGAAAUACUGGCCAAAAUGAAAUGAAGGUCACUUCAGUGUCAGUAACAUAAGCUAGAUCUUGGAGUGCAGAGUCAUUAUUAAGAUAAAUGUAUAUAUUUGAGUUUUUUUCAUGUUCAUAGUAUUAACAUCAAAAUGUAAGAAAAAUGUUCAGUGCAUAUAUAUGAAGAAUUCUUUUUGAUAUACAAGUGAGUGACAACACAGAGAACAGUUGCUUGGACAACUUUGGUGGCUGAAUGGGCUUGCUUUGCAUGUGGAAGUACAAUUCUUCAAAAAUACCAUGAAUAAACUACUCCUACUUCACCCUGGAAGGAGGGCUGAAGUUUGUGUUAGGUACCGAAGGCAGGUGGAAAGCUGUUGCAGUUUCAGACAAAGCCAAUUUUAUCUGGAUUUUAGUUGUCUUCCAAUAAAUUGACCACAUGGCUGGCUACCAGUUACCCUUUUCAUGCCCUUCUCUAACAGUGCUUUUCAAUGGACACUUUCUCUCUUUCGCAGUUGAGCUGUUGCACUGAACUGGUUUGCUCACCAAACUUAUCUGAGGCACAGUUUGGAAUAGUACCUAGUCUAUCCAUGACAGCAGGAUGUGUGCAGUCAGAAUGUGCAAUAGGCAGGAAGGAAAAGCACAUACUUGAGUAUGGCAGUGUGCAAUAGACAUUUUUGACCCACUUUUUAUUUGCCAAACAUGUCACAGCUUGUUUUCUUUUAAUUUGAAUGCUUCAUCUUGAAAAAUGGAGAACAUAAAGGAAGCAAAAGCCGAAAGGUUUCAGGAUCACAUUUUUCCAAAUAUAGAUCUUUGUAUUUUAAUGCCAAA